ACGAUUCUCUUUGUGUUCCCCGUUUCGUUUUACCUAUCGUCCGGCGGUGUUGUCAAAAAUCCGGCAGCACCGCUCACGGCCAGCUGCCAUUGCUGUGUUCUGUCUGGCGUUCUCGGUCGCGGCUUCACGAUAAAUAAGAUCUCCUACGGUGAUUAUUCUCGUUGUCGUCGUCGUCAUUGUCAGCAUCGUCGCGUUGAAACAACGGAGAUGCGACAUUGUUAAGGGUCGCACGCGCGUAACAUGCCCGCGGAACAAACGUAGCGGGAGAUUUUACCUUUGGCUCCGGACGCCGGUUCUGACCGAGCUAACCUUCACGGCGAGGGUGAACCUCUUAUCUGUCGGAAUCGUCGUUGAACGUGCCCGUGGCAGCGGUACAGAUUGACAGAACGAUGAAGUGGCUUGGUGCGAGUAGCGCUGGUGCUGCGGGUGAACCGGCACCUUCCGUGCAAUUACACCAUCCUUCCGCUAAUGGACAUAUACCAACGGACGCAGAGCAAUGUGGACAAGUAAUGGCUGGUGGGGAUAGUAUGCGUAUUCAACCAGGCCAAACACAUCAAAUAGGAGUGAGCAGAACACAGGAUGAUGCUAUGGUCGGUUAUGUAUUUCAACGACCCACUGAACCAGAAUUUAAUGCCCAGUCUUCAACUUUUCAAACGAAACAAGCUCCACGAGCCUGGGCUCUUGCAGAUGAUGCUAUCAUUGAUAAUAAUCCAGAAAAAUGGAAAUAUCCCAUUACUAAACUGAAUGUACCACAGCAGAAUCAACCUCAACAAUUGGGACUGCAAACUAUGAACAAUGUUCACCUACCUUAUGAGAUACAUCCAAUGCAACUUAAAAGUGGAGCACCUGGAGCAGAACACUUGGUCUAUUUGAAUAACCAAAUGACAGCUCAGCAACAAGUUGCUCUUUUUCAUCAUCAACAACAGCAACAGCAACAGCAAUUCAGAAAUGGCCAGAUCGCUCCCUCGGCAAAAAAGCUCUGGGGCGUGGACGAGGGCGGCUCCAAGGACGAAGGGGGCGUAAAAGGCGGUGGGAUACUUCACCUGGGCGACCACCAGAUGUGGCGGGAUUCUACCUGGAGCACCUCAGAUCAUGCCGUGUCACAGCCGAUUUCCAUGGGCACCGGUAGACGCGUGGGUGUUGGGACAGGAUAUCAUCAUCAGACGUCGGAAGUUGGAACGGUCCUUAGUCCUAGGAGCAGCGAGACGGGUGGUCUGGGGGUUAAAAUGGUCGAAUACGUACUUGGAUCAAGCCCCACGACGCCUAAAGAUUUGGAACCCAGAAUGGUUUCCCUGAGAUUGAAUACUGACGCAGACAAGAAGGAAAAAGAGAAGGGCUCGGCAAGCCCUUUCGACAGUUCAAAAGACGACACUGGUCCACAGAAUAACGGACUAGCCUCCCAGAAUGGUCUCGACGAUGACAAAGGAUUUAAUCGCACACCGGGAAGCCGUCAGCCAUCACCCGGCGAGGAAGAAUUCCAGAAGAACGCCGCGGCCACUCUGGCGGUCAGCACAGGUGGUGGCGGCGUGGUGUUACUGAAACCUGGGGUCGAUGUGGUCGGCAGUGAGGAGCAUUUCAUGGCUGCGUUCGCCCCGGCGCCGCCCCAUCAUCUACAACAUCAUCAGGCGCCGCCUACGCAUCAUCUUCAACAUCCUCAUUCUCACGCGGCGCAGCUCUUUGGCGCGCAAGCUCCGCCACCACCGCAGGGCCCUCCGCCUUCCCAACCAUCGCAACAGCAACAGGGACCCCCGCAGCCGCAAGACACCACCACACACUUUGAUGUUCAGCAAUUGUUCCGAAGUCAACCACAGGGUGCCACGCCGCAGCAGUUGCAAUUGCUCCAGCAACAACAACAGCAACAACAGCAACAAUAUCUGGCCGCGUCCCAGGCGCAGCAGCAACAGCAGCAACAACAACAGCAGAAUUUUCCAACAGCGCCGUAUACCGUGAUUAGCGGCCAGGAACCAUACGUCGGUGCAUUGAUCGCCGGUGCACCGCCACCGGUCGUCCCGCAGUAUUAUGGAGUCGCGCCGUGGGUCUAUCCGGCCGGAUUGCUGCCGCAGGCGCCUCCACAAGCGGCCGCACCGCCGCCGCCCAGACGACCGCUGACACCAUCCUCGGCGGCGGCCGCGGCAGCUGCCGCCCAAGACACCGCAAAUAAUUUGGCGCAGACCGUUCAGGGCCAGUACCAGGUGAUACCGGCGUAUUACGAUCAGAAUGGAUCAAUCGUAAUGGGUGGUGUACGUGGACUAAGCUCUGCGGCGACACCGAUGAGAUUGGUCAGUCCAGCGCCUGUGUUGGUGAAUAGAGCCCCGUCGCAGCCGCCACCGGGACCGCCGGCUCCACCGCCGCCGAGUCUCUACUCGCAACCGACUCCCACGUCCCAUAGUAACGCCACGCCUGGAGAGUGUUUGGGUCUGGCGGCAUGCAGUGCAGCAGCGGUGGUUGCACAGGCCCAAGCGGUCGCGGUGCAGCAGGCCCAACAGCAGGGAUCAGGACUGGCCGCUGGUCUAGCGGCCCUGGGAUACGGCGGCUCCCCACUUGGGGCACUGGGCUCGCCCGCUCAGCUUCAGAGCACAGGUCUAGGUCUCGGGGCUUCUUCAACCGCGCGAAGAGAUUCCUUCGACAGGAACACGUCCGCCUUCAGCCCCAGCUUGGAGUACAGUCGUGCAAAGUGGCCGCAGAGUUAUGGUGCCCUUGGUACUGUAACAGCGUCACCUAGCCCGUUAGGAUUGUCCUUAACGCCACCACCAUCUUUGGGAGGAUCUUUGGGCGGACUGGUCGGCGGAGCUAAUCGAGUGUCCGCCGCUCCAGGGGCUGAGGCCAAGUUCCGUGCUAGUGCGGUACCAGCAUUAACGGCUAACGGAGUUUUCGGCUCCAGCAGCUCCCUAUUCCCGACCCUGGUCGGCAAACCUGGCCGCGGUGGCACCACCAGUAUCGGGGACAAGAACGCUGGUGGACGAUCACGUUUGCUCGAAGACUUCAGAAAUAACCGAUUCCCGAAUCUUCAACUGCGCGAUCUGGUCAAUCACAUAGUUGAAUUCAGCCAAGAUCAGCACGGUUCCCGUUUCAUUCAGCAGAAAUUGGAGCGUGCCUCGGCUAACGAGAAGCAGCUUGUGUUCCAAGAAAUCCUCACCUCCGCUUACUCAUUGAUGACAGACGUCUUUGGAAAUUACGUUAUUCAAAAGUUCUUUGAGUUUGGCACGCCUGAACAGAAAUCCACCCUCGCUCAAAAGGUUCGAGGACACGUGCUGCCCUUGGCACUGCAGAUGUACGGCUGUAGAGUGAUUCAGAAGGCUCUUGAAUCGAUCGGGGCGGAACAGCAGCAGGAGAUAGUCCGAGAGCUGGACGGACACGUUCUGAAGUGCGUGAAAGAUCAAAAUGGAAAUCACGUGGUGCAAAAGUGCAUCGAAUGCGUUGAACCACGAGCGUUGCAGUUCGUGAUCGGCGCGUUCGCCGGCCAAGUCUAUUCGUUGAGCACUCAUCCGUACGGGUGCAGAGUGAUCCAACGUAUUCUCGAGCAUUGCACUCCUGAACAAACUCAGGGUAUACUUCAAGAGCUGCACGCCGCCACUGAUCAACUAAUUCAAGAUCAGUAUGGUAAUUACGUUAUCCAGCAUGUACUUGAACACGGAAAACCGGAGGACAAAGCGCAAUUGAUCAGCAGCGUCAGGGGUAAAGUACUUACCCUCUCGCAACACAAGUUCGCGAGCAACGUUGUUGAAAAGUGUGUAACCCACGCCACGAGACAAGAGCGUGCUGUGCUGAUUGAAGAAGUAUGCGGCUUCAACGACAACGCAUUGAACGUUAUGAUGAAAGAUCAGUAUGCCAACUACGUGGUUCAAAAGAUGAUCGAUGUAGCAGAGCCGGCACAACGCAAAGUAUUAAUGCACAAGAUCCGGCCACAUCUAGGCAGCUUGCGCAAGUACACCUACGGCAAGCACAUCAUUGUCAAGCUCGAGAAGUUCUUCAUGAAGACCGCGUCCGCGAUGGGAGUCGCAACGCCGGCUGGUGCUUCGAGCGGCGGGGGUGAUCUUGGUCCCAUCGGACCGCCUGCUUCUGCUGCUGGCCCAGUCUCGACGCCAGCUCAGCAGCCAACGCAGGUUCUAUAAAGCGUACAUUUUCAGAAAAGUAACAACUGCUCGGAGAUCUUCGUACGUUUAAGGCAAUACGUACCAAGGCCCACAUAAAUAUUUAUUGCAACGUAUCUAUCGCCAUUUUAAUUCAUAAUGGACGAGAGAGAAAAAACGAGAACACAUUUCCGCGUACCGUGCUCGUCUGGUUGCCCCUUCUCCCGAAACUGUCGAGAUGGAAAGAGAGUACCGAUCCGAGAGAAGACAAAGAAAAACGAAAGAAUUAACCAAUGAUGAUUUUCUUAUUUUUGCACAAAAAAAAAAAAAGAAACUAUAAGACGAGAGAAUCCAGACAGAAUUUUAUACAGUUCGACGGAGAUCGGACGACCGAAGAUCACGGCGCUAGGAUAAAAAGAAAAAACUUCAACAUCGUCAAAUGUCUGUCAGGAAGAGAUCAAUUUUUGUAGGGUACCGUUAGAGGUGCAGUACAUUUUUUUCUAUUUAUAAUCGAACGUGCUGCCGAAUAAUAUAUUCGUAGCGGAGUGACACGUCGAAAAUGUCGCGCGAAAGUUGCACCGAUAACGUGUAUCUUUGAGAACCGAGUUUCUUCGAAACAGUUGGACAAGCAUCGAGCUUGGAAUCGUAAAUCGCGAAAGAAACUGCAGUGCUGAAAUGGCUGUAUGUCUAAUCACCGCUCGUUUUAAACGAAUCAGUUUGACGUAAUUUCGAUACACGGCACGAACAUACGUUCCGACAAUUUUCUAAGAAACUACUAUUCUCCACCCCCUCCCCCUCGUUUCGGGUUGAACCGUUCUUUAACGAACACAGAAGUUGUAAACGAUCCUUUUUAAAACUCAGCACUCUUUUAAGGGAGCAUAUAAAGCUCUGUCCUCUGGCAAACACUUAAACAGAACAAGCAAAGAAACAAAAAAAUACGUAGAAAACCGCAAAAAGAAGAGAAAGAACAGCAGGACGAAUCGCGGGGAGUAGCCGUUUCACGGCUAUCCUCGCGGGUUCGUAGAACUCAGUAAACAGCAGAUGAUUCGAAGUGGUGAAAAAAAUUGUGUUUAGACAGCUAGGAUAGAUCUUAGAGCUGCAUGCAUUUAUAUCGAGUUGUAACGUGAGUGCGAUGGCCGUAAAUAUACCAUGCACGAGACGUUUUGGUCGUGAGUGUACCGUGCCGCAUCUUUGCACGCUGAAAGUAGUAUUAUAUCCUCGCGUGCGGUACACGUCCGACCAACGAAUCGGUAUCGGUUCAGAUUCGAUAGAUGGUUAGGAGCUACAGAUACGUUGAUUACAAUCUAGCAUAGCGUUUGACAUGGGAAUGAAGCUGAGUAACUCAGACCUGACCGCUGAUCUG